AUGCCCCGUGGACACAUGGAGUACGGCCAUCCGGUUAUUCAGGCCUUGUUUACUGCUGGUAUCAGCUUUUGUCUUGGAUGGUAUUUGUGCAAAAAAUCAGCAUCAGCAAAGUCUGUGUCGAAAAUUUGUCAAAGUGUUACUGGUGACUUAAAACUCGUUCUGGUUGUAAGAAAUGACUUGGGGAUGUCUAAGGGAAAGGUUGCAGCUCAAUGUUCACACGCAACACUAGGGUGCUACAGAAACGCCCUGGAAGACUGUCCACAGAUAGUGUCUGCGUGGGAGCUCUGUGGCGAAAAGAAGAUUGCCUUAAAGGCGCCGGAUUAUGAGACAUUAAAUAAAUUGCAAAACGCUGCUGGUAAUGCAGGUCUGCCUCACUGCCUAAUUCAUGAUGCGGGCCAUACGCAGGUGCCCUCCGGAUCUGCUACCGUUCUGGGAAUCGGCCCAGCGCAAUCUAGUCUCAUUGACAAAGUUACUGGAGAACUCAAACUGUAUUAA